UUAACUAUGAAUAGAAAAAAAAUGUUCGUUAAAAAUUCUUUGCGUGCUUCGGAUUGCCCAAUGAAGAACUCAGCGAAUAAAAAUUCUAAGUAUAUAAACGUGUUGCAAGGUUGUUUCUAGAACCAGUACGGUUCCAGCGGUUCCAGCAGGUUCCAGCAACGUUAAAAAAAGCUUGUUGAUUACUUCACCAAAAAGAGUUUUAAAAUGGCCAAGUUCGUUGUUGUAUUUCUCGCAGUGUGUUUAACUAUUUCUAGCGUUUAUUCAUUGCAAUGCUAUGAUUGUAGUGGGAAUAAAGAUGAAGUUUGUGAUAAAAUCGUAACUUGUGGGAACAGUGCGGAUUCUGCAAAUAACCAACCGGCUUGUAUUAAACGAAUCCAUAAAGUUAAUGGGGUUACCAACGUAAAAAGAGGUUGUGCUUUUGUAACAGCCCCAAAAUUCGAUACAGCUUCCGAAUGCCAAGCCGAUGAUGUCUUUUGUGCCCCCUGCAAAGAAAAUAAAUGCAAUUCAGCGUCAUCUUUGGGCAAAUUCUCCCUUUUCGGGGUUUUAACCGUUUUUGUUUCUUACAUUUUACUAAAUUAAGUAUUAAUUUGAUCAUUUUUACUUACCAAAAUAACCAAAUAAGUUAAAAAUUUGUUUCACCCAUAAAAUUGAGAUUUUGUAUUUGUAAUUAAAUUUAUCACCGAUAGAUGGCUCUUUUUUGUUAAUAACUAAAUAAAAAAUUUAUUAUGUACUUUAAGCUAAACAUACAAAAUAAAUGCAUUUGUUU